AUGCAAGACCGCAAGGAGUUCCUCAAAGCCGUGCUGCGUGAUGAGAUGCGCGACCGCAUGGACGCUGAGGAGCAGCUUCACAGCAUAGAGCACGAGCUCGGGCUUCGCGGAAGUCGCCACGCCCAGAUGUUGGCUGCCGCUGCCAGCAGAGAAACGCCAAGGGUUGGCAGCGAUUACGACUCGAAGACAGUGGUGGAGCAGUACGACGAGGUGAUGGAGGAGUUGCGGUACGUUACGCAGCAGCCUGUAGGGUCAAAACUGAACAUAAUUCGCAUGCACUAUCUCCUCGAGGAGCAGGACCGGCUUCAGCACCUACACGAACAGGAGAAGAAGCAGGCUGCUGGUCUCACCACAACCACGAAGUGUUCGACGUAA